ACUACUAAAGCUUCUGCUGCUAAGAAGGCUGUUUUGAAGGGUACCAACGGUAAGAAGGCCUUAAAGGUUAGAACUUCUACCACCUUCAGAUUGCCAAAGACCUUACAAUUGUCUAGAGCUCCAAAAUACGCCAGAAAGUCCGUUCCUCACUACAACAGAUUAGAUGCCUACAAGAUCAUUGUCUCACCAAUUGCCUCUGAAACUGCCAUGAAGAAGGUUGAAGACGGUAACAUCUUGGUUUUCCAAGUUGACAUCAAGGCCAACAAGAACCAAAUCAAGGCUGCAGUCAAGGAAUUAUACGAAGUCGAUGUCUUGUACGUCAACACUUUGAUCAGACCAAACGGUACCAAGAAGGCUUACAUCAAAUUGACUGCUGACCACGACGCUUUGGAUGUUGCCAACAGAAUUGGUUAUAUUUAA